AUGCCCAACACCAAAGUUGUCGACUUGGUGGACGAAGUGCUUCGGCACCGUCGGGAGCACUUAUUGGAGCAGGUGCGUGCCUGGGUCAACGACCUUGAGGCGGAGAUCGAGUUGCGAUUGCUGCAUGCAGACUUUCACAAGGGCAGGGAGGGCGCUGACGGAGGGGAAGGUUCCACAGACCUGACAGAGGUCAAGAGCGCUUCCCACUCUCGCCGCACGUCCGAGACAGCCAGCGCAGGACACAGUUACAUGUCGGCAAGUUACCAACACGCAAAGUCCAAAGGAUCUCGUUUCCAUUUUCACAAGAAGAUCCGGUUCAAGAAGGAGUCCAUCAAUUUGAAACGCCAGCUCUCCCAGCUGUCUUCCCUUCGGCAGAUGGUCAGGUCUUUGGUAAGCCACCCCAUUUUUGACUUGUUCUUUGCUCUUGUUAUCAUCUCGAACGCGGUCUAUUUGGGCAUACGUGUUGAGACCAUGGACCCAAGAUUCCCACCAACACAGGCCUCCACCCUACCUGUUCAGUUGACCUAUGGCAUUGUCUUCUCUUUGGAAGUUAUCCUGCGCUUAUUUGCGGCUGGACCCGGAGAAUACGCUUGCGGUUCAGACUGGGCAUGGAAUUGGCUGGAUGUGGCCGUGGUUGUUUCAUCGUGGACGGCCAUCGUGAUUGACUUCGUUUAUGAGGGCAGCGAUGCAGGAGUGAGUUCCAGCAUACGGAUGGUUCGAAUUAUCCGAGCCUCCAGGCUUCUUCGGAUCCUGCGGACUGUUUGGGUCAUUCGAUUCAUCGGGGCUCUCAGGACAUUAGUGGCCUCAUUGGUGGACACGCUGCGGUCACUGUUCUGGGCAUUGCUCCUCCUCUUUCUGAUUAUCUAUGUGUUUGGUAUUCUGUUUACCGACAUUGCCUUGGAAUAUGUGCAGGAGAACUUCCAGGAGAAUGGUGAAAUUGAUGUCAAUCUGAUGAAAUAUUUUGGAUCCCUAUACAAUUCUGCCGCCACGCUCUUCCGGGCUAUUUCAGGUGGUCUUGAUUGGGACAAUGCCGCAGAGAGCCUAAACCCUGUUGGAGUGUUGUGGGUUCAAAUUUUUCACUUUUACGUGGCUUUCGUAUCCUUCGCUGUAUUGAACGUAAUGACUGGCGUUUUCUGUAACUCCGCCAUCAAAUCAGCAGAGCGUGACAUGAAGGCGAAGCUGGAGGAUCGUCAUGACUUCAGAGCAUUAAUGAUGAGUAUUUUCAAGCAGAUUGAUGCAAGUGGCGAUGGCAGAUUAACAUUGACGGAGUUCGAAACACUGUUCGAUUCUGAGGCCAUGAAGGCUUUGAUGGAGACAGCGGACAUUAAAGCUGCUGAUGCGUGGAGUUUAUUCGCUAGCCUGGACCAAGAUGGUGACAGCUUGGUGGACGUGAACGAGUUCAUUGAGCGAUGCUUGGAAUUACAUGGCCCAGCACGCGCUCUGGAUUUGCAUACGUUGACGCGGCAGACCAUAAAAUUUGGAGAACAGUUGGCUGCAAUAGAAAAAGCACAGCAGCAGCAACUGCGGUUUAGCAAACUUCCAGCACGCAACACGUCCGCACCCACUGAUGACACUUUCAUCUGCAUGUAA